UUUUCUGUUCAAAUCAUUGAAAUAAACAGCAGUAACUAUGAAGCUGGAACAAGAACACAGCACUACAGAGGAAGAAACAAGCAAUGACACUGAAAACCCUAGCAAGAUCAGCUCACCAGUUGUUGUUGGGCUGAGAAUCCUUACAGAUACUUCACUGGGAAAAUCUAACGUCCUUGUUAAACCUGCAUUCAAAAUAAGCCUACCCGGUUCUCGAAACCAUCGCCGUCGAAGCCGGUCACCGCCAGCCGAUGAAUCUUUCUUCCUCAAAUCUUGUCAAUUGUGCCACAAGAAACUAAGCCUGGAAAAAGAAGUUUAUAUGUACAGGGGUGACCAAGGCUUUUGCAGCAUAGACUGUAGAGAAAGGCAAAUCGUUUUGGAUGAAAUGAGGGAACUCGAACUGUCUGCUAAAACAAUGCUUGAAUCUCCUAGGCAUUGUAGCACCGUCGCCGACACCACCGACCGACAAGAGAUUCGUCGCCUCAUAGAGGAUCUCCGCCGGAGAAAUAAACCACCUCAUCAAAACCAAAACCACCGGGCAAUUGCCUCAUAAUUAUUGAAGCUCAUAUAAACUCUAA